AUGACAUUAUCCCUCAACCCUCGGCUACUUAAAUGCACUGGCAGGCAGUUCCAGUUACUAGCAGGUUUUAGAGGUUACAGCACUUCCUCUGGGAUAACCCAUAAUGCACCGUCAACGAACGAUACUCUCCCCCAAGCAGGCUCAGCUGAAUCCAGUGCACUGAAAUCGACCGAGACGCAAACGAAACAAUGGAGAGAACGCCUUGAGAGCAUUAAUAAUAAGGCUCGACUUCCCAGGAGCGUUCAAGCUGUGUACCUACGACCCCUCCGGAGGAAGGCCGAAUUUGGCCUGCCAGUUUGUGAUCUUCAGUUGAGAUCUUACAGCGUACGGAACGUCGAAUUUUUCGCCGAUUUUGCUGUGCGGGCGGCUUAUUAUCUGAACCUCCCUGUCUCGGGGCCGGUGCCCCUGCCACGAAUUGUUGAGCGAUGGACCGUUCCUAGAAGUAACUUCGUGCAUAAAAAGAGUCAGGAGAAUUUCGAAAGGAUUACGCUCCGACGCUUGGUACAAAUCAAAGACGGCAACCCUCAGGUUGUACAGACAUGGCUAGCAUUCUUGCGCAAGCAUGCUUUCUACGGAGUCGGCAUGAAAGCAAAUGUUUGGGAACAUGAAAGCCUUGACGUAGCUGCAAACAUGGACAGCACUCUUCCAGAAGUCGAGAAGUCGCUUCAGCCUUACCUUUCACAAUUUGGUCAGCGGCAAGAUGCAACAUCUUGUGACUCGAUUUCGGAUAUCCUGGACAACGAACGAUUCGUUGCAUACAAGGGCCCCCUAACUACAGCACGCAAGGCAUAA